AUGGCGGCUGAACUUCAACACACUCCUACCUCCACGGAGAGGGACAUGAUCGAGGAGAAGCCAGGCUUGUCGCACACCAUGUCUUCAGGCGCGAUCUCUAUCAGUCCAGAACUUUUCGAAAAGCUCUACCUUACUCCCAAAGUUCCCCAUCCCGGCGACAACAUCAAGAAAUUCGCCAACCCGACUCCUCUCGGUUUUGUUGGCUUCGUGAUCUCCACCAUGACCUUUGCCAUGGUCAUGAUGGGCUGGGGUGGCGCCAGCGGCCUCUCACCUGUGGUCGGUAUCUUCUUCUUCGUCGGCCCGGUCCUCCUCAUCUUGACAGUAAUCUUCGAAUGGAUCAUGGGCAACUUCUUCUCCAUGAUGGUUUGCGGUCUCUUUGCUGUCUUCUGGCUCUCCUUCGGCAUGCUCCAGCUGCCCACGCUCGGUCUCGCGACGCCGUACUCGCCCAGUGGAACCAACGCCGUGGUUGGAUCAGCCUCAAAGGAGUACAACGCUGUCAUCGCCCUGUACUUGAUUGUAUGGGGAUUCGCGUUGUUUACCUUUUUCAUCUUUACGCUCAAGACGAAUCUUGUGUUUGCGCUCAUCUUUUUGUUCGUUACUCUCGGCGCGUGGGUCUUGAGCGCUGCCUACUGGAAAGUCAGCACCGGAGAUUAUGUUAAUGCUGGACAUUUGCAAAAGAACGCAUCUGUUGCGAUCGUUGGCUAUUCGAAAAUCGUCUGUGUUCUGGUGGUGCAACGGGACGCUAACAUUGGGAAAUCGAAACAGACUGGCGGGGCUCUGCUCUUUGUGGUCGGCUGUCUGGGCUGGUAUAUGACUUUUGUCAUGAUGGCCGCCGAGAUGCGUCUCGCCAUCAAACUGCCCGUGGGCGACCUGAGCCACUUCUGGCCGAGGACGGACGUGGAGAUGGGCCGGGCCGAGAAGCAGGCCUAA